AUGUACCAAGUCAUGAACCCUCCCAUGAGACUUUUCAUGCCAUGCAGUGACGAUCACAGACAAAUCCAAAGCAUUGUCAGGCAUGUCGACCAAGCCAGCAUGAGCAAAGAUGAAGGCUCCCAGACCAGUGGGAGAGAGCAAAGCAAUCUCCACCACCAGAACCCCAAGCCUAGCUUAGCUGCAGUUCCCGCCCAUGUCCCUUUUCAUGCCAAGCCCCAUCUCCCAGAAGAUGAGGGCCCCUCCCAGCCCUUUUUCAAUGCAACAACACAAGAAGAGAACAGAAACCCAAAACGCAGGCGCAUGCACGUAGCCACACAAGAGGCUUACAGUCCAGCUGGAGGUGUUGCAAGUUUUGCAGCCAAAGAGAAGGAGUGUGUCAAGGAGACCAAUCCACCUGAGCGUCCGAAAGCAAGGAAGCCACAGGCUUCCGAUGCCAUGUCAAAUGCAGAAGAUCCCGUGCCUGCCGUCAGAGCGGAAUUGGAACGAGAGCCAGAACCUGAGGCCAGUAUUCCAGAGCAUCCGAAACAUGAGCUGCCAAAUGCCACAGGAGUCAAACAUGAGGAGGCCAAGCCAAAGUCAGUCAUCACAGUCCUCGUUGGCAUGAUUCAUGGUAACGUGCAUGAAGUACAGGUAGUCAAAGGCACCACCGUAGGGCAACUUGUCUUAGCUGAAGGUAGAAUGAUCGAUGAGAGUGUCACAUGGAGACCGACGAAUGCGAUGGGCCUCCCAGUACCCAUUGCAAGUUUGCUUGACCAGGAUGAUGUCGUUUUCUUGAGCGACAUAGCACACCCGUUGCCAGUCAUCAAAUUUCAUGAACAUCAGUUUGCAUGCGGAUGCCCUGACAAGCAGGACCGGCUUCAUAUCCUAUGGAACCAACAAGGCUGGGUCGCGACUGAUGAGAUGACCUUCUACCUUCGACUGUUGCAAGACUGGGGAUUACCAACAGCACCGCCAAUUGUAGCUUACAAUUGUUGUGACCUCAAUAAUUCAUUGGCAGAAUGGGUACUCACAGUCAUAGAAAAGGCACACCAAGCACAGAAACAGGUCACCAUGCGCACAGCCAUACUGUUGAAUCAACACUGGACACUGGUCAUGAUCCAAGCUUCACCUGAAGCACUGGCCAUCCACACGACACCUGCAGGUCAGGAGUUACUCCAGACAUUGCCAGACAUCGUAUCUUUUGAUGAAGCAGAAUGGCAUUGUGACACGGUAAGGUCCAAGUUUCCUUUUGACUGCGGGUUCCAAGCAUUUGCCUGGCUUCAGGGGUAUGCGUCCGGAGGCAUUGCAAUGCCCAUGUCAGUCAUCCAAGCCACAGCCAUGCGACAUGAGUUUGCCAAGCACUGCCUUCAUCAGGAUGUCACUUUUCCGUUUGCAUUGGGGGGAGUACAGGAUGACAAGCAUGUUCCAGCCUUGCAAGCUUUGGUCGAGACACAUGGAGUUUCUCCACUAAGGUCGCAGUCGGUAGCAAUGCACUUGAUCGCAGUCUUAGGUAGUCAAAGCAUUGGCCACACGUUGCAAGCCCCAAAGCCAUGGAAAGACUUGAAGACAAAAGCCAACAUGCAGAAGCCACCAAUCCAGAUCGUCCUCACAGAUGAACUGCAAGCAGCAGUGGCUGACAGAGUCAAGCAUGGACAAGUGAUUGGCAAGCGCAACAACCGCAAAACUGUUGCUCAGGCCAAGGCUCCUAUCGUCCUACGAGCCGACAAGAUAGCAGUCCCCGAUGCCAUUUUCCAGCAGAGUGAUGGUGUACAGAUCGGACAGCUCACAGUGCAUCAAAUCCAAAGCAAUGCCAAAGGUGUAGUAGUAGUCAAUGUACAGGAUGCACUGUCGUUCUUCCAACUCAAUGAACCAGUCAGCUCGGAAGGCGUUACCUUAUUGAUCCUGGAUCACCAAGAUGACCGCAUUCCUGAUCAUAAGCAAAUUGUCAAGUUUCCAGCUCACUUCUGUGACACUGAUGAGCCCAUCUUGGUCACGGCAGCUAUGUUGCAGAUUGGAAGCAAACCAGUGCAGAGACAUCGCCCUGACACUUGCGUGAAAAUUGAUGAAAUUCCGACUCAGGUUGUACGUCUGCUGACCUACCGUGACCAAGCCAAAAUAGACUGGGCCUCAAUCGUGGAAGGGCCAAUGAAAGCACUCCUUACAUUGGAGAAUCUGGCAUUCCUAGAGCAAGACCAAAUCUUGGACAUAUGGGAUCGUCAAUAUCUGGACAAGUCCUUCAAGAAAACGCCAGCAAAAGAUGCCUACCUUUUUGCCGCCACACUCCGAUUGAAAACAGGAGCUGCCCAAGAGCUCUUGGCAUUGAGCGGCAAAAAUGGACUUUACAAUGAGCCGAGGACAGACAAUGGAAGAGCACCAGACUCCACUUUCAGAGUCAUUUGGCUGCCCAGGAAAACUUUUGCCGAAGCCACUCUCAUCAACCAAACAACCCAUCAGAAGUCCUGGCUCGUGCGAAGUGGAGACCGACUUGGCUUGCGUGUCAAAGAAGAGGAUGCAUCCGAUGUCCAUAUGCAACACCGCCCAGAAGUUAGCUACUUAGAUGGUACAACAGUGAUGGAGUACAAAGUGGGGCCACUGCCAUGGGGUACGACAAAAGUGGGCCUUCAAAAGGCAUUCAAACAAUGGCAAUGGCCAGCAAGGCCGGGGCAACCACAAGGCCAAUCCAAUGAUGGGGUAUUUUGGUCAGCGCAAGCUACACAGCACCCAUCCCACUGGGUCUUCACCAUGGCGCAUGGAGAUGUCCUGAUAUCCCAUAAGGAUCCCUUGAAAGCUGCAAAGACCAACAAAGAGAGCUCAGUGAUUGCAUCGACCAAGACCCUGAAACAAAUGGCCACUCCUAUGAAAAAAGUGGUUGACCAAGGCAACACAGAUCCAUGGCUGAAUUUGACCAAUGAUCCGUGGGCACAAGCCCCAACCAAAGCCCCCACACAGGCUCUGACAUCCGCCCAAAUUGCACAGAUGCAGUCUACCAUCGAACAGAACAUUCGAGAUACGCUUGCCCCAAUGGAAGAUGCAGCGAUGGACGGAGCUACCGACUCCCGAGUGUCAGCCUUGGAAGAGCAAGUGAAACAGCUCACCACCAGUGUGGGCCAAUUGACUGGUAAUAUGCAUACAUUGCACAAUCAGCAACAGCAAUUGGGCACUCAGGUCCACAAGAUGCAGACUCACAUGGACCAUCAACAUGCAUCGCUGCAAUCGAUGAUUGAUGGAAAGCUUGAAGCGCAGAUGAGCCACAUCGAGGCUUUGUUUUCCAAGCGUGCCAAGACAGCAGAGUGGGAAGCGACCAACCCCGGCCCAUGCGAAGACAAACCAGGUACUGCGAUCAAUGGAUCCAUGGAUCCGUCUUCUAUGGCCCUGCAAAGGGUGCCGAAACAGCUGCAGUUCGAGCCGAAAAACUUUGUUUGGAUCAGCCCUGAGCUACAAGCCUUUUGGGAAUCCACCGGGGUAGAAAAUUUGGCGUUCAAAGACCAUGACGCUCCGCUACCAGCUCCACGAUUCUGGUCCCGGAAUCCCAGUGCCUGCUUAAACCGGGCAGACAAGGAGACCUCCAGCCGCAAUUCCAUGGCACCCAUAUACCCAGGGGUCCCAUAUGACCUACCCAAUAGUCCCUUGCCGGCAGACCAAGCAGCCUUGCUUUGUCAAACUUUUGAAACUGAAGUGCGUGCACUUGAAGAGGUCUUGAUCCAAGAGCUGAAAGCCAAAGCCCGAGCGUCCCAUGAGGACAAUCCCAACAAAGUCUUCAGGGAUAUGCAGAAGCCACAGGUGCCACCAAUCCAAAUGCUUACUGAUAUCUCUACAACCACGGUCACAGCAGUGGAGCCUGACGAGCAAGCCUUUUGUUUUGAUGUGCCAGCCCAUUUUGACCCAGAAAAGUCACUCUUGACACCACACGGUCCCAUGAAAGCCAUUGUAGUCGAAGAGGAUAAAAUUUGGGUUGAAAACCUUAAUAACCUUCAGCCAGGAGAUGAAGUCACCCAAGAAACCCAUAUAGGAGACCUCACCAGCCUGUUUGAUCGUUUUGGGGAUGAUUGGGCUGCCCGUUGGGACAAACACAGACACACCCCAGAGGCCUUCUGGGGCCCAUUGCUUGAGUUCAUUGACAUGGCCAUACCAGCGCAUGAGCCCAUGAGGUAUGAACACAUCACUGCAGACCAAAUACGACAGGUGAUUAAAAGCAAAAAGCCCACGGCGGCAGCUGGACCAGAUGGAUGGAGUAGGUGCACCCUUUGGAGUUAUGUUGACAACCUGGAAAUCACAGCCUCCAAUGCAGACGAAGUGCAACAGGGCUACGCUGAACUGUCCAAAGUGUUAAAUAUGCUGGAUAUCCCAAUAGUCACUGCAGGAUUCGUGGAGCUGACAGGGUCAGCAGGUGUUUCUUUGGAAGUGUCGUUCGGCGACACACCUGUAUCGAGUGAUCAAGCCAUGCCUGACGAGUUCCUGAUGUUGCCGGAGAUCCCUUCCACCAGAUUGAACAGAAGCUGCGACACCAACAGCCACGAUCGCAGUUGCCCAGAUCCAAUGAGUCAGCCCGCCAGCGCAUUUUGCGUUUUUGUCGCGGACAUGAGACAAGCCGAGACCCACCGAGUGUGCCAACCUGCUCAAAAGCAGCAGGUUUCCGAAGUGGAGCCAAUCGGGCAUUUGAGCCUGACCGAGCUCAAAGCCACGACCAUGAGCUUUGGAAAGGCAUUGCCCAAAGCCUUAGCCGCUCGUCCAAAGAGCCAUGCAGCCCCAGCGAUGCAAAUGCCAGUACCGACGGAGUCCGAGGUGGAGUCCUUCGAAAUGAUGAGCGAAGCACCAUGGAUCGAGGCUUCAGAGACUCGGGAGGACAUUCAUGCCCUUCAGACUCGCCUGCUCAGCCUGGAAAAUGCGAUGCAGCGCAUGAUCGCGCUGAUGUCGCGCGGACCAACGACAAGUCCUGCCAUGAUCCCAGAAGGUCAUCCGGAAACUGCAACCACAGGAUGGGACGAUCCCUGGAACAAUUAA